CUUUCCGGCAGCGUGGCGGAAGAACCGCUUCCUUUCCUGCUAUUUAGCGACACCUGACACGUGAUACCCAGCGGCAGUACACCAGCCAUGGCGUCGCCCUUUAGCGGGGCGCUACAGCUGACCGAUUUGGAUGACUUCAUCGGGCCCUCUCAGGACUGCAUCAAGCCCGUGAAGGUGGAUAAGAGGCCGGGGAGUGCUGUUACCAAGAUUCACAUUGAAGAUGAUGGGAGCUACUUCCAAGUCGACCAAGACGGUGGGACCCGGAGACUAGAGAAGGCCAGGGUCUCACUGAAUGACUGCCUGGCCUGCAGUGGCUGUGUCACCUCAGCAGAGACCGUGCUCAUCACCCAGCAGAGCCACGAGGAGCUGCGGAAAGUUCUAGCUGCCAAUAAGGCAGUACCACCGGAUCAGCAGCGGCUGGUUGUCCUUUCAAUCUCACCCCAGUCCAGGGCAUCGCUGGCUGCACGGUUCCAGCUGAGUCCUACAGACACUGCCAAGAAGCUGACUUCGUUCUUUAAAAAAAUAGGGGCACACUUUGUCUUUGAUACCACCUUCUCCAGAAACUUCACUCUCCUUGAAAGCCAACGAGAAUUUAUACAGCGUUUCCGAGAACAAACUGACUCCAGAAAGGCCUUGCCUGUGCUGGCUUCCUCCUGUCCAGGCUGGAUCUGCUAUGCUGAGAAGACCCACGGCAGUUUCAUCCUCCCUUACAUCAGCACAGCCCGGUCCCCACAGCAGGUCAUGGGCUCCCUCGUCAAGGACUUCUUUGCCCAGCAGCAGAACCUGACCCCUGACAAGAUCUACCACAUCACAGUUAUGCCCUGCUAUGACAAAAAGCUAGAAGCUUCCAGAUCUGACUUCUUCAACCAGGAGUACCAGACUCGUGAUGUUGACUGUGUCCUCACAACAGGGGAAGUCUUCAGGCUGCUGGAAGAGGAAGGGGUGUCACUGCCAGAGCUGGAGCCAGCCCCUCUGGACAGCCUGACCAGUACUAUGUCUGUUGAGGAGCUCACCAAUCAUCGGGGCGGGGGCUCAGGAGGCUACCUGGAGCAUGUAUUCCGUCACGCAGCCCAAGAGCUCUUUGGAAUCCAUGUGGCUGAGGUCACCUACACACCCGUAAGGAAUAAGGACUUUCAGGAGGUGACCCUGGAGAAGGAAGGCCAAGUGCUGCUGCGCUUUGCCAUGGCCUAUGGCUUUCGAAACAUCCAGAACUUGGUACAGAAGCUCAAGCGGGGCCGCUGUCCCUAUCACUAUGUGGAGGUCAUGGCCUGCCCUUCAGGCUGCUUGAAUGGUGGAGGUCAGCUUAAAGCCACAGAUGUUCCGGGCAAGGAGCUUCUCCAGCAGGUGGAGAGACUAUACAGCAUGAUCAGGGUAGAAGCACCUGAAGAUGCCCCUGGAGUCCGGGAGCUGUACCAACAUUGGCUGCAGGGAGAGGGAUCAGAGCAGGCCAGUCACCUGCUGCACACACAGUACCAUGCUGUGGAGAAGGCCAGCUCAGGCCUCAACAUCCGGUGGUAGGAGUCUGGCGGUCUGCUGGAGCCCUCAGGACCAGCACUGGUUCGAGAAAGACCAGAGCCAUAGACCCCAAGGAAUCUCCCCAGACUGAGGUGGGCUACAGGGAUUGAAGCAGGACACAGGCUCUGUCAGGACCUGGCCAGUGCUGACCUGCAUGCCUGCAGACUGCACUGGCCUUGCCAGGUAGGUAUGAAGCGCCAAAGAAGCCUUUGGAACCUUAGCCAUGGACAAGGUACAUGAAUACCUUCCUUACCCUUCCUAGCUGUGGGUGCUGCAGUCACUCCUGGGAUGCUUCCUCCCUGGUUUCUAGGCUGACCUAAUGCUCAGUGCAGAAAGCAAGUGACAGAAAGAGGGUGUGGACCUGCUGAGUGAGUCCACCAACAGUCCUACACAGAGACUGCCUGGCAAGAGAGAGAGCCUGGGACCCUGGAAGUGUGGCAUCUGUUACAAAGCUGUGGGCCUAGGACAGGGCUCCAUGCCUUCAUGUUGGGUCCUGUAAGCCCAUCUCCCACCAUGCUUCUCUUCUAAUAAAAGAACAUAUCCAACAA